AUGCUACUCACCGGAUUGACUCUUUUUGUGUUGUACUCGCUGUGCGGGGUGGUCCAGGCGAGCAUCAGCUGCUACACUUGCGCCAAUGACUUUGUGGUGUGGGUAAGGAGAUUUUCGGAGUUUUUUUGGGAUUGUUAAAAAAGUGAUUUUUUAAUUUUUUCUUUUUUUGUAAGAGCAAUUGCAAAUGCAACUUGUCAUCAAUGAAAAUCAAAAUUUCCUGAAACGCAAUCUUGCUUUUUAACUCAAUUUAGGUAGAUUAAAAACAAGAUUUUUUAUAAAAAAAUGCCAAGAAAUGCUUCAGGAAAAAUUUUUGAUCUUUUGAAAGGGAAAAGUGUAAUUAAUCGGCAAAGAAAUCCAAUUUUUCGCUUAGAAUUCACAGAAGUAUGGCCAAAAUGUUUUUCUCUGAGCAGUUCUCCUCGUUUAAAGACCUUGUAAACUCCUUUGACUUUUCAGAACUGGCGUCACUACUUCCUCAAACGCAACUACCAACUCUCCUCCUCCGACAACACGUGCUCACAAAAGGUCUCGUUCCCCGACACCUACAACAAGUGCACAACGAGCUGUUUCGUUUUCUACGUGAAUGGGACGGACAGAGAAACGGGUUUGACUGUCACGUUGGGUGUGGGUAGAGGAUGUUCCGGGCAGUUCUUGACCGACGAACAAUAUAUGAGUAGAUCGUUGGGAGUGCAGUCGAAGAUGUCGGAAACGGCGCAUUAUCUGCCAAGGACCUAUGAUAAAGUAAGCUUGUUAUAGGGAUUUUUGAAAUUUUGAAGAUUUUUGAGGCUUUUUGAAGAAAUGAAAAAAGUGACAUUUCGUCCACAUAAAAUUUAAGUCGAUAUUUUUUAUGGUAUGGUGAAAUGGGAAACUGUAAAAAAAUAUUGGCAGGUAAUAUUUGGACAUAAAUAACUGUGAUUGCAAAUUUUAAAAAAAUACGUCAUGAUGACGGGGUUUUUGAAAUUUUUUGGACGAAAUGUCAAAAAUUUCUAAAAGCUGAAUUUUUUGUUGAAAAUCAGAUUUUUGAAUUGCUUCUGUCAUAUGUAUUCAUUUUCAAUUUUAUCCACUUCUUAAUUUUUGAAUUUUUGGUCCCACAACGAAAACUUUAAUUUAUAAAAUUUUCCUUAAAAAUCCCUUUAGCUGAUUUUAUCUUCACUUUUUUACGCUUCAUAUUUUUUCAGUAUGAAAUCUGGGAGCACUGGUGUUUCUGCGCCGCGGACUACUGUAAUGUGGAGUCCUGUUACAACGAAUGGCGUUACAGCAGUGGGUUCGGCUAUGCGCCGCUGAAUCCGCAUCGGCGAACGCACUCGCGCCGACGCCACGACAACUCCUACGAUUAUCACAACUCAUAUUGGGGAUGGUACAAGAGUGCCGUCGCUGCGAAAUCACCCGGGUCUCUACUGUUGUCCAUGACAAUCCUUUUGUAUUUUAUUUUCUUCUAA